ACUGUUUCAGUUCAGGGAGGAGAGGGCACGUUCAAGUGGUGUCAAGUAUCAUUUUCCGGGUGGGUUCAGUUCACUUCGGUCCUGUUUUGAUUCAGUGUUUAAGUCCUAGUGAGGCGAUGCAUUUUGCUUAUUAAACUUAGACAUUUGACAGAUUCGAAUCCUGCUACGGAUGGAUCCGAAGAUAUUUUAAGUGUUUUCUUACCCUCGGGGCCGUCGUCCAGGUGCACAGACUCGACAAGUCGCAGAGCCGUUACAUCAGUAAACAUGAAGUCCGAGAGGGACGACAUCAUUUUUCAGGCUCUCCUCUUGAUCCACAUCCCUGUCGCCUGCCUCUUCACUGCAGUGUCUGCUCAGUCUGACAGCAGCAGCGUGGUGGUGGCAGGGUACAAUGUGAGCGCCCCCGCUGGGUCGAGGGUGGUGCUGCAGUGUGUGAGUGGCCGCAUGGUGUGGACCAGGGACAGGGUGAGGGACAGGCAGAGGGUGGUCCACUGGGACAUGUUUCGGGCCAGUCCAGACUACGCAAUGGAGAGGGUGCUGGACAUGUUCUCCACAGGGGACAAGAGGAUCUACAACUCCUACAACCAGGGCAGGGUUGGCCUCAGCCCAAGCGCCUUCAGCGAUGGAAACUUCUCCCUCGUCAUCAAAGACGUGACGAUGAAUGACAGAGGCCUGUACUCCUGUAACCUCCACCACCUCUACUGCCACCUGUACGAGACGGUCCGAGUGCAGCUCAACGUCACUAAGUCACGUCGUAAAGCGCAGCGCUUCUGGGACGGCCAGAAGGCGGUGUACGUGGUGCUGCUCGGCAGCACUGUGGUGCUGCCGUGCGUCAACCGGCGCAACGUGUGGACGGACUGGAGCGGCGAGGAGGACGACCAGCAGGUGGUCCACUGGGACCGUCAGUCCCCGGGAGUCCGCCGCGACCGAGCCGACCGGCUGGUGGACCUGUACGCCUCGGGGGAGCAGCGAAGCUACGGGCCGCUGUUCCUCCAGAGGAAGAUGAAGCUCAGCAAUCAGGCCUUCUCCGAGGGAGACUUCUCUCUUUCCAUAUCUGAUCUGCAGUUCACAGACCAGGGGAUGUAUUCCUGCCACCUGCACCACCAUUACUGUGGUCUCCAUGAGAGGAGAGAGUUUCAGUUAACAGUGGAAGCACCAGUGAUUCAGACCACACUGCCAGCCAAACCCCUGCCCAGUGAAGACCAAGACACCAAGAAGGCCGAAUCACCGCGGCUCAUCAACGUGAUUCUGCCCGAGCAGAAGCACCACUUCCUCAUGCCGCUGGGCUACGUCCUCACCUCCUUGCUGCUCCUGGCCUUCAUUGUCCUCAUCAUCAUCCUCGUCACACGAAGACAGCGGGACAAAGAGUUUGAAGUGCGCGCGUGCAGUCGAGAGCAGAGAAGGUUUGACUUUAAGAACAACCUGCUGCAAGAGAAGGUCCAAAUGAAGACUCCGGCUAAAGUCAUUGAUCUUGACAACGAGAUGCAGACAUUUUCUAAGUGAGGAGAAGUGGAACUGGAGUCUCUGGCCGGUCCAGAGGCUGCACAGACUUAACACCCUCUGUCCGGACAGGAGAGACAGGCAAGACAAAAUGUUUGAGAAAACACUAUAUAUAGCCGACACUGACGCAUUGUUUUUUUCUUUCUUCAAACUGUCCGUAUUAGUAACGAAGACAAGCUGAUUUUGUUGAAAUUGUGCUUGAUCAGAAAAAAAAAGAAAAAAAAAACUCAGACCAAUGUGCACAGGAUUAUAACGCCACCCAGAGGAGAAUCCAAAAUCUAAAGCAGUCACCUCGACUGAAGGAGCAUGAAUUGAAGUGAGUUGUGAUUGAGUGAAUAUGAAUAAUGGGUUAUUGGAGCAUUUGGUCAUAGUACCUCCAAAUAGUUUUUUACUUUUUUCAUACUCACAUAUAAAUCUCGACUAAACCUCUGAUCAGUGUGGACUACUUCCUACAGGCUUUGAUUAACUAAAUGCUAACUGACAAAUGACACAGUGUAUGUAAAAAUGUAUCAUUACGAUGCUCAGACUAUAUAUUUUAUGUGGUUUGUUCCAUUUUACAUGUAUUAAAAUUCAAUGAUUGAAACUUCA